AUGAACGUAGAUGUCUCUACAUAUUGGGAAGAUGAUUUUACAGUUACCAGUUCAUGCACAUUCUCUCUUCAGCAAACCCAUGAAGUGUUCAAGAGCGAUAUAUCUCAUGACGCUUUUGCCCACCAUCUCGACGAAGGCCCCGAAAUCGUUGAGAUUAUCGACAAAGAGAAACUUAGUCCUGUUGCUUCCUCACCUGCCACCGGUGACUUCCGCGAAACGGAGGCAACCAUUUCAGAAAGCCUUCUAAAACCGGUCGAAACACAAACUCAAAUCGGAAAUCAUAUUCGCGGUCAGAUCGCUGCAUACGCCGGCGUUGCCUUGUCUAUGGCAUUUAGGACCCACUUUUUCUCGAUGCUAAUUCUAGGCCAGUAUGCACGGUUUAUACGCUGGGAUCGACGUGGGGCCAUUGUUACGAGGAGGUUUGAUUACACUGUCAACCCUCACAUCGUGUUCGAAUUCUAUCUCCGCUUUGGCCAACUCACCCCCCGACAGAGGGGAUUUGACACUAAUGUAGAACCUCUGAAGGCGGGUCUUCCUCAACGCGUCGCAAAUGCCUUCAAUGCAUAUUAUCACUUGUCAUGGUACCAGGGUGCCAAAUACAGUCAUAAAUUAGAUCCCUCAAAUUGCAUUUCUGCCUCGGAUAUGCUUUUCUUCCGUAUUCGGAUUGAGGAUCGCACUCAGGGUCGCGUCGAUAGCUUUAUUAUCCCAGCCCCUGCCUACAAACACUCGUACGUCAUUCCGUUUGCUCGUGCUUCCAGGCGAUGCUUGGCGUAUUUUGAUGACCCCAACGCGCCAAAAAUGUGUUUUCUCAAAGAUUCCUGGCAAGAAGUCUCUCUACGUUCUGCUCCGGAGGCAGAUAUUUAUCGGCGUCUUCAAUCCAAAAAUGUCCCAAAUAUAGCUUCCAUGCGUCUCGGAGAUGAUGUUGUUGAUCUCGAGACAGAGACACAGAAAUGGUUCUAUCUUUUAUCUCACAGUGGUCGAUACAAACAUCUCGGGGCCAUGGUUUGCCAUCGUCUUGUGAUGGACACCGUUGCUCGUGAUCUAUCAACGUUUACUUGGUGCAAAGUCCUCCUCAAGUGUCUUGCUGAUGCAAUCGAUGCUUCCCAGGCAGCGUAUAAAGCUAAAGUGCUGCAUCGGGAUAUCAGCGCCGGCAAUAUCAUGAUAACUGUGGAUGAGAAGACUCACGAAUUACGCGGCAUUCUUAUCGACUGGGACAUGUGCCUUCUGUUGAAACAACGAAACGUUGGCGUUAAUCGCACUGCAAGAACUGGCACGUGGGCAUUCAUUUCCGCCCGGCUUUUGAAGAGUGCAAAGUCGUCAAUACCUGUCAUUCACUCACUUUCGGACGACAUGGAGUCUGUUUUCUGGGUCUUAUCAACAAAAAAUGCCACCCCUACCUACCACGACGAAGAAUCCAAUUCGAGCAGUGAUGAAAUCGACGAAAUUCCUGUCAAGGCUAUGAAGAAUUUGGAUGACCCUGACGAGAAAUGGCUGUCUAAAUAUCUUCGUAGAGCUGCAAGAACUAUGGAGCCAUUAGGUGUCACACCGACUGGUUUACUUUCGCCCGACCUAAAUUCUCAUCCUCCAAAAAACCCUGAUGAAUGGAGACCGGCACUCCCUGAACACUCUGGCGUGGAUUUUUACCACAUGUGGUUUGUAAAAAAUCAGAAUGACACCGAAUUGGCGCAAUCAAGACAUGUCUCUAAAAUCACAUCUUCCAUGUUCAAUCGCAUGAAUGGUCUACCUUGCCGCUCCGGAAGCGCCAAGCGCCCUUUCGAAGACACGGAGGAGGAUAAUAAGGCGUUAAAAAAACAUCGCCCAGUUUCUUGA